UGAAACAGAAGUUUCAGUACCGGAAAUAGUUGGAGACCAGGCAGAGAUCAUCGAAAACAAGAUAAACACAAAUGAAACAGCCAUCGGUGAAGUACUGCAGGUGAUAGAAGAAGAAACGGUCUCCACAGCGCAACAAAAUGGAGACCACCAGGAUGAGAAGAAGAGAUCAAAGAAAUCUAAACGCAAGAUCAAGAGAAAGGCAGCAACGAGAGAUGCAUCUGAGCUGAAAGCUGUCAAUGAGGAAAACAUUCCUGGUGCCAACAUUGAAAAAGAACUUUCAGUAUCGGAAAUGGUUGAAGACCAGGCAGAGAUCAUCGAAAACGACAUUCACACGAAUGAAACAGCCAUUGGUGAAGUACUGCAGGUGAUAGAAGAAGAAACGGUCUCCACAGCGCAACAAAAUGGAGACCACCAGGAUGAGAUAAAGAGACCAAAGAAAUCUAAACGCAAGAUCAAGAGAAAGGCGGCAGCGAGAGAUGCAUCUGAACUGAAAACUGUCGGUAAUGAAAACAUUUCUGGUGAAAACAUUGAAAAAGAAGUUUCUGUACCGGAAAUAGUUGGAGACCAGGUGGAGAACAUUGAAAACGAGAUUCACACGAAUGAAACAGCCAUCGGUGAAGUACUGCAGGUGAUAGAAGAAGAAACGGUCUCCACAGCGCAACAAAAUGGAGACCACCAGGAUGAGAAGAAGCGAUCAAAGAAAUCUAAACGCAAGAGAAAGGCAGCAACAAAAGAUGCAUCUGAACUGAAAGCUGUCAAUGACGAAGACAUUUCUGGUGAAAACAUUGAAAAAGAAGUUUCCGUACCGGAAAUAGUUGGAGACCAGGCAGAGACCAUAGAAAACGAGAUAAACACAAAUGAAACAGCCAUCUGUGAAGUACUGCAGGUGAUAGAAGAAGAAACGGUCUCCAUAACACAACAAUAUGGAGACCACCAGGAUGAGAAGAAGAGAUCAAAGAAAUCUAAACGCAAGAUCAAGAGAAAGGCAGCAACGAGAGAUGCAUCUGACCUGAAAGCUGUCAAUGAGGAAAACAUUUCUGGUGAAAACAUUGAAAAAGAAGUUUCAGUACAGGAAAUAGUUGGAGACCAGGCAGAGACCAUCGAAAACAAGAUUCACACGAAUGAAACAGCCAUCGGUGAAGUACUGCAGGUGAUAGAAGAAGAAACGGUCUCCACAGCGCAACAAAAUGGAGACCAGAAGGAUGAGAAAAAGCGAUCAACAAAAUCUAAACGCAAGAUCAAGAGAAAGGCAGCAACAAAAGAUGCAUCUGACCUGAAAGCUGUCAAUGACGAAGACAUUUCUGGUGAAAACAUUGAAAAAGAAGUUUCCGUACCAGAAAUAGUUGGAGACCAGGCAGAGACCAUCGAAAACGAGAUAAACACAAAUGAAACAGCCAUCUGUGAAGUACUGCAGGUGAUAGAAGAAGAAACGGUCUCCACAGCGCAACAAAAUGGAGACCCGGAAGAUGAGAUAAAGAGAUCAAAGAAAUCUAAACGCAAGAGAAAGGCAGCAACGAGAGAUGCAUCUGACCUGAAAGCUGUCAAUGACGAAGACAUUUCUGGUGAAAACAUUGAAAAAGAAGUUUCCGUACCGGAAAUAGUUGGAGACCAGGCAGAGACCAUUGAAAACGAGAUAAACACAAAUGAAACAGCCAUCUGUGAAGUACUGCAGGUGAUAGAAGAAGAAACGGUCUCGACAGCGCAACAAUAUGGAGACC